AUGGCCCGCACGCUCAAGCUCGUCUCCAGAGCGAGCCUUCGGGUGCGCUGUGCUCCAGAGCCGGGCCCCUUCCCGGGAUCUCGAGGUUUCGGCUCGGCACCCCGAGGCCUGGAGGACAUCCCGGGUCCCUCCACGGCAGGCUUCCUGGCGGAACUUUUCUGCAAAGGGGGCCUGUCUCGGCUGCACGAGCUGCAGGUGCAGGGCGCCGCGCGCUUCGGCCCGGUGUGGCUGGCCAGCUUCGGGACGGUGCGCACCGUGUACCUCGCGGCCCCCGCGCUGGCCGAGACGGAGCUGCUCCUGGCUGGAGUGGACACGGUGUCCAGCACGCUCUCCUGGGCUCUGUAUGAACUCUCCCGGCACCCCGAGGUCCAGGCGGCUCUGCACGCUGAGAUCGCAGCGGCCCUGGGCCCCGGCUCCCACCCACCGCCCACUGCUCUGUCCCAGCUGCCCCUGCUCAAGGCCGUGGUCAAGGAAGUGCUCAGGCUGUACCCUGUGGUGCCAGGGAACUCUCGGGUCCUGGGCAGAGACGUUCGCGUGGGUGACUACACCAUCCCCAAAAACACGCUGGUCACCCUGUGUCACUACGCCAUGUCCAGGGACCCGGCGCAGUUCCCCGAGCCAGACUCCUUCCGCCCCGCGCGCUGGCUGGGGGAGGGCCCAGCCCCGCACCCCUUCGCCUCUCUGCCCUUCGGCUUCGGCAAGCGCAGCUGUAUGGGGCGGCGGCUGGCAGAGCUUGAGCUGCACAUGGCGCUGGCCCAGAUCUUGGUCCACUUCGAGGUGCGGCCCGAGCCAGGGGCGGGCCCCGUCAGACCCAUGACGCGGACAGUCCUGGUCCCCGAGAGGGCCAUCAACCUCCAGUUUGUGGACAGAUGACCCUGUGGAAGGAAGCGGUCAUCGCCACCACAGGGGCUCGUUAGGCGUCACACGGGCAUGUGCACACCCCAAAGUCUGUCUCGCACCCAGCUAGACCAAGCGGCCAUCGCAGGAGGCUCCACCAGGGUGUGGCGCUGUGCCCGCCUGCCCAGGCGGCCA